UCAGAGAGGAAGAGAAAGGAGGCUGAGGAAGAGAGUAAAAAUGAAGUUUUAAGUGAGAAAUGUGUGAGCGACCCUUGCGAUGAUGACGACAGCUUGCUGCCUGUGCUCAAUGAAAAUGAAGCCGUCAAAGAGCAGAUCCUUCAUUCCGUGACAGAGUCUAAGCUGCUCAAUAGUGACGGCAGCCAGAUCAGCCUCAUGGAUAUGGUGGACAAAGUUGAAAUCUUCAACCCUGGUAUUGCUGGUUCUGAUGGGGGCGAUGUCUAUCCAGUAAUUGACUCCACUCUGGAGGCAAACACUCUUGACAAACACGAGGAACGCGUGUCCGACUACGGAGAAACAAACGGUCAACCUGAAAAGUCUGACCUUAAAUCCACAAAGAGAGAAUCCUCAAGAAAACGCAAACAGGAUUUGUCAUCAUCAAUGGCCGGCCAGCCUGCCGCCAAACAGGAUAUGUCAUCAUCAACGGCCGGCCAGCCUGCCACCAAACAGGAAAACAAACGUUCAAAAAAGCCAGUGUCAAAAUCCCAGAGUCUCACCGAGUCUCCCAAACAAGUCUGUAAUAAUGAGAUGAUGUUUGGCAUGGCCUGCACUAACAUCCCGGGCACUUCCUCUUCUGACAUUUAUGAUUUUGUAGAUGAAGAGGACAGUUCCAUGGCCUUGACCUUCCUUACGCAGCCACCCACCCCGGCUGCCGCCAAGUCACCCACCAAGAAAAACAGCAGCAGGAAGGGAAAAACCGGUAAAGUCCCUGUGCCGUCUGUGCCGGCACUGACAGAUGGCAAGUCAAAUUCAAGUUUUAACAACACCAACAGCUCCAUCACCACUCGAAGUGACACCAUUAGCAACAGCAACAAUACCACACGAAGUGACACCGGCAGCAACAGCAACAUUACCACACGAAGCGAAACUAAGAAUAAUAAUAAUAGCAAGAACAGUACAAACAGACAGGCAUCUCAUCAGCAGCCGUCUGCUAUGCCAAAAGCCAAUUCUUCAACAACAGCCUCAGCAUCAUCUGUUUCUGUCACAUCAGCUUUGUCAUCUUUGUCCUCUUCAGAUCCCCCAUCAUCCUUGUUGUUACCUGUUAUGCCGAAAUCUCCGCCUUCAUUUUCCUCGCUACCAUCUAAAUCUUCAUCAACCCCAUUGCCCAUGGCAACUACACCAACGUCAAAACCAUCCAGCACCAACAUGUCUACUGGUUGCAACACAUUUGGCGUGUCUAAGAAAGAUGCACAGAGUGAAGAAAGCACAUUUGGUAUGUCUAAGAAAGAUGGACAGAGUGAAGAAAGCCACACAAGCCUGGAAGACACGUUCCCUAUGGUGUUCUCCGAUGUGGACUUCCACAGCUCCCCCAAGUUGUCCGAGUCCCAUGAUGACCACGAGAAUUCCAUUGGACUUCCUGCUGAGACUUUAGCUGACUUUUUCAACCAGCACAGUCCGGGCAAAAUGAUCCUCAACUCAAGUCCACCCAAUUUACAAAAUGGAGUGCUGUCGCCAUCAGACGUUGACCUGCCUGCCCUCCGCACACCAGCUCCACCCAUCAACCACAGCCACUCUGAGUCCGUGUUGACACUGGACACUCAAACCGGCAAAGAAAUAAAAUCACCUUCCCCUUCAGCCAAGCAGCCUCUGUCUCGAAUGCACACCCCUCCUCCCCUUGAUCCCAAGUCCCCAGCCAGCUCCCACACGGGAGGUAUUUCUAUCUCUUCCUCAACCCCCGGGCCAACACUUUCCUUACCCCCUUCGUCGUCCGUGUCAUCUCCUUUACCGACAUUGACAUCCUCCAACGGCAACAAGCAGAGCAGCUGCAUGAAUUCAUCCAGCACCCUUCACCAUUUAGAUCCCACGACAUCAUCUUCCGCUCGGUCUGAAUCUCCAAUGCCCUCCCUGAGCUCAUCGUCCCUCGAUGCCCUGUCAGAGUUCAUUCCCCUCAAACCUAUCACAUCUGAGCUGGAGUCGGAGGAAGCCGAAAGUUGUUCCCAGCAACAGAGACGACAAACGCCUGUCCAGACCCAGCCCUUGAGUCAUGUGCCCUUGGGUGGGGACAUGGGCAUGGGCCUGCAGCAGUCAUCACACACAGACAUUCAGCAGAAAUCUCAGAGGCAGAACCCGCCACACCUCCCGCCCCAGAGCAGCCCCCACAAUCUAAGACCCCCCUCUGCCUCGACGACACCCCUCCCAUCCCCCAAGCUUCACGCCUCACCUGGGUCUGCCAGUUCUGUGCACAGCAUGUCCCCGGCUGCACAACAGCAGCAGCAGCACAACCAUUCGUGUCAAAAACAGCAGCAGAAUUCACAAAUGGGUAGCAACCCAUUAAUGGAAAGGGUGACAGUUCCUCCCCUUUCACACCCACCUCAGCAAGCGGCCAGUCUGUCCCAGUUGUUCGCCCCCCCGGACACCUCACCACGCAACGCUAACUUUGCCUCACCACCCAGUGGAUCCAACAUGAAGCUCAAGCACAUGAGCCCAUCAAAUGACCAGCAGACGUCUAACUUCAUCAACUCACAGAAGGGAGGAAAUUUCUCUCAAGGUUCCAACCAAC